AUGUACUGUCUAUUGUGGAAAACUCCGAUUCAAAUGAGUUCUGUGAAAUGGUACCUGGUGACAAUGCAUGUUUGGAUAAUGUACUUUGAUUACACCUGGGGGCUUUUGGUCGUCCCAUUCUUUUUAUUUCCUGCGGUAGCAAUGUAUCCACUGGGAGUUCUAAGCUAUAUUGGUAUUCCGGCAGUUUUACAGGUGAUAUUAUUCAUUCUUGCAAUGACAUAUAUAAACAUUUCAACGACUUCAAUCUUUGAAAACAGAUUCUAUACGCUAUGCAUGUUUUCCUGGAAGCAUAAUUGGACAGUUUGUCGGAGGCCAUGGUUAGCCUUUAAUUACAUUAUUGUUACUAUCGCAAUGAUUCCGCUGGGGCUUUCAGUUCCAGAUCAAAUCAGUUCCAGGAAACGAGUUUUUGAGACGUUACCUUGUCAACCACGCUACAUUUAUGAAGCACCUGUCUUUGUCUUAGCCAAUGACUACACAAUUCAUAUUGUAUUUGUUCUGGCAUUUGUUUUUUUCAUAACUAUUCAAAUAUUCAUAUUUUUGGUAUUUCUGGUAUGGAACACAGUCCAACAAGUCAAGUCAAAAACAAUGUCAUCGAAAACUUUUGAAAUGCAGAAAAAGUUUUUCUUGACACUUGUCAUUCAAAUGGAAGUUCCAUUAUUUUUAUUUUUGACUCCUUUGAUAUAUGUGCUGAUUUCUGCGACAAGAAACUACUAUAACCAGUCAGCUACGAAUAUUGCGGUGAUUACUGCUUCGACAAACGGAAUUGUUUCAACGUUGGUCAUGGUCUUCAUUCAUCGUCCUUAUCGGGAAGUUGUGUUCGCUUUAUUUCGAAGAUCGAGAAUCUCAGAAGUUUCACAGAUACGAGUUGCUACACCAAGAAGUGCAAUAACAAUAGUAACUACCUGA